AUGCAGGGGUCAAGACAUGAUGAGAAGCAAUUCCGAGCGGAAAUCAAUUCUCUUGGGAGCAUACAAAAUAUCAAUUUGGUCAGGCUUCAAGGAUUUUGUGACAAAGGAUCGAGGCGGUUGUUGGUUUAUGAGUACAUGCCCAACGACUCUCUCAAUUCUUUACUGUUUAAGGGUAAUUCCAAAAGUAAAGGAGAGGUACUCGACUGGAAGACCCGAUUUGAGAUUGCACUAGGCACUGCAAGAGGGUUACUUUAUCUCCACGAGGAAUGCAGAGAUUGCAUCAUUCACUAUGAUGUUGAGGCCAAAAACAUUCUGAUAAGUAGUAAUUUGUCACCGAAGAUGGCCGAUUUUGGGUUGGCAAAGCUUGUGGGUAGAGAUUUUAGCCGCGUGCUGACUACUACAAGAGGAACGAGAGGGUACUUGGCUCUAGAGUGGAUCUUCGGUCUUCCCAUCACUCCCAAAGUUGUCGUCUACAGUUUUGGCAUGACACUCUUGGAAAUCAUUUAUGGGGGAAGAAAUCUAGACUUAACAGUGCAUGAUUCAAGUUUAUAUUACUUUCCCUCAUGGGUUGCGACUCAAAUUCAGCACGGGAAGACGAUUAAUAUUGUGGAGGGGAGUGUUGUUACAGAGGAGGCAGACAUGGAAGAGGUGAGAAGAGCAUGUGUUGUAGCGUUGUUAUGCAUUCAAGAGGAGGAGGAAGUGAGGUCUAGUAAAAGAGUAAGUAGAGCAAGAGCCAAAGCAACACCCCCAUAUCCACCACUAACAAAAAAUAGAAACCUAAAAUUGGGGCAAAAGAAAUAG